GAGGAAGUUAUGGAACUUGUGGAGCUUACACCAUUAAGAUCAGCCUUAGUUGGUUUGCCAGGAGUCGAUGGUCUCUCAACUGAGCAACAGAAAAGGUUGACCAUUGCAGUGGAACUAGUGGCAAACCCCUCUAUCAUUUUCAUGGAUGAACCAACUUCAGGGCUAGAUGCAAGGGCUGCUGCAAUUGUUAUGAGAACUGUUAGGAACACCGUUGACACAGGAAGAACCGUUGUUUGUACCAUCCAUCAGCUUAGUAUCGACAUUUUUGAAGCCUUUGAUGAGCUAUUCCUAAUGAAACGAGGAGGACAAGAGAUAUAUGUUGGUCCGUUGGGUCGCCAUUCUUCCCAUUUGAUCAAAUACUUUGAGUCAAUGCCGGGGGUAAGUAAAAUAAAAGAUGGCUAUACUCCAGCAACUUGGAUGUUAGAAGUCACAGCCUCGGCUCAGGAAAUGACGUUAGAGGUUGAUUUUGCUGAUUUAUACAAGAAAUCGGACCUUUACAGAAGGAACAAAGCAUUAAUUAACGAACUAAGUGUGCCUCGCCCUGGUACAAAAGACCUGCAUUUCGAUAGUCAAUACUCACAACCAUUCUGGACCCAAUGUAUGGCUUGCCUUUGGAAGCAACACUGGUCAUAUUGGCGUAAUCCUACUUAUACUGCAGUCAGAUUUCUCUUUACAACCUUCAUUGCCCUGGUCUUCGGGUCAAUGUUCUGGGAUCUUGGUACUAAAGUGAGUAAGAGCCAAGACCUAUUUAAUGCUAUGGGAUCCAUGUAUGCUGCUGUUAUCUUCCUUGGUGUACUAAAUGCAUCAUCAGUGCAGCCUAUUGUAGCGGUUGAGCGUACAGUAUUUUACAGGGAAAGAGCUGCUGGGAUGUAUUCUGCCAUACCCUAUGCCUUUGGACAGGUUUUCAUUGAAAUCCCUUAUGUCUCUGUGCAAGCUGUUUCCUAUAGUGUCAUUGUGUAUGCUAUGGUUGGAUUUGAAUGGACAGCGGCCAAGUUCUUUUGGUACUUGUUCGCCAUGUAUUUCACCCUAUUGUACUUCACCUUCUAUGGUAUGAUGACCAUUGCUGUUACCCCAAAUCAAAAUGUUGGUCAAAUCGCUGGCUUUUUCUUCCAUGCCAUAUGGAAUCUUUUCUCAGGAUUCAUCAUUCCACGACCUCGUAUGCCCAUAUGGUGGAGAUGGUACUAUUGGGCUAAUCCUACCGCCUGGACUUUGUAUGGUUUGGUUGUAUCACAAUUCGGGGACCUCCAAAAUAAACUUAGU